AUGGAUUCUUCAAACCAAUCCUCACAACCAUCUAACUCCAACCAUCUCUUUGAUGAGCUUCGGUGGGUUAUCCAAAUCCGUCGACAUCUUGAGGAAAGCACCGAAGAUGAUCACGACAUCCCUGUGACAAUUUUCAGCGUGCCAAAGGCUCUGAGAGUUAGCAAACCUGAAGCCUUUGUUCCGCAACUCAUCGCCCUCGGUCCAUAUCAUCAUUGGCAACCGGAACUCUAUGAGAUGGAACGGUACAAGCUCUCGGCGGCGAAGCGUGCUCAAAAACAACUCCAUGGCCAAAAAUUUCAACAAGUUGUCGAGCACUUUAUUAAACUUGAGCAUAUUACUCACGCACAUUAUCACAGGUAUCUUGAUUUUAACGGUGAAACACUAGCAUGGAUGAUGAUAGUUGACACAUCAUUUUUGCUUGAAUUUCUGCAAAGUUAUGCACCGGAAGAAGGUAAAGUUCUCCGGCGAGUGCCGUCCAGAAUGUCUCAUUUGGUAGACAAGGCCGGGAGGAAAUCAGCUCACAAUAUGAUUCUAAGAGACAUUAUGAUGUUAGAGAAUCAAGUGCCUCUAUUCUUGUUAAGAGUUUGUUUGGAGUUCCAAUGUUCAUCACUUCAAGAAGCAGAUGAUGUGCUCACUUUGAUGUUGAAUGGAUUCAUGAGAGCCCUUUGUCCAUUCAAGAUGAUGCAAAAUUUUCUUUGCAUUGAUGUCACUCGACAUGCUCAUUUGUUAGAGCUUCUCUACUACAUUCUUGUUCCGAAACCUGAAGAACAAAAUUGUGAAGUUAUAGAUAUCCAUGAAGAUCAAAACGAUGCCGGGGGAUCAAUUGAUCAAACUAAUAAUGAUGAUUCUAGUCAUAUCAAACAAUUCUUCAACGCAAGUUGGACAGCGGCUUCGGGCCUUAAUGGAUCGGUUAUACAAUACAUCAAGCAAGUUCUGUUCUCAAAACCAAUAAAGUUCUUGGUGAAAGUACCUUGGAAGAUAAUCACCAGUCUGCCAGUGUUCUCUGUCUUGAAAAAACCAGUUGAAUAUCUUUUCUUCUCUGAAACAAGUGCUAAUUCGAAGACCGAAAACUCAAGUUCAAAUCAGAACAUCAGCAAGCAGCCAUUGAUAGAAGAGAUCAUGAUUCCAUCAGUGAGGGAACUUGUCAAUGCAGGCAUUAGCUUCUCGGCAACAAAAGGAGAUAUGACCACAAUUCAAUUUGAUUUAAAGACUGUCACCUUAUACCUUCCUACUGUUAAAUUGGACAACAACACUGAAGUUAUACUUAGGAACUUGGUAGCCUAUGAAUCAUCAUUGGCAUCAGGACCUCUUGUUUUUACUCGGUAUACCGAGUUAAUGAAUGGAAUUAUAGAUACUGAUGAGGAUGUAAAGCUUCUAAGGGAAAGAGGGAUUAUCUUGAACAAAAUGAAGAGCGACGGCGAGGUCGCGAAGCUGUGGAAUUCAAUGAGUAGAUCUGUUAGGCUUACAAGAGUGCCAUUUCUUGAUAAAGUGAUAGAAGAUGUGAACAAAUAUUAUAGCAGUAGAUGGAGAGUGAAGACUACAAAGUUCAUGAAGAAGUAUGUUUUUGGUUCAUGGCAGUUCCUCACAUUUCUUGCAGCUAUUUUGCUGCUUUUGCUUACCAGUUUGCAGGCAUUUUGCUCAGUCUAUAGUUGUGCUCGCUGGUUCAAUCCUGCAAUCAUUGGACAGUAA